AUGAAUGAUUCCAUUCACUGUGUUGGCAUAGAUUUUGGAAAUAUGAAUACAAUAGUUGCAGUUAACACUAAUGGAAAUAUCAAAAUCUGCGUAGACCCUUCAUCUACAAGGACAUUACCAACUUUGGUAUCGUACGGUGAGGAAAGACGCUUUUUUGGAGAUGAAGCUCGACGGAACCAACUCGUAAACAUCAAUUCAUCAAUUACAUGUCUCAAAAAAUUGAUUGGAUUAAAAUAUAAAUCAUCGGACCGAGAAAGAAUAGCUUCUCAUGUUCAGUUUUCUAUGAUUGAAUUAGAAAAUGAAUACACUGGCACUGUAAUUAAAAAUAUUGCUAAUCAAUACAUUUUUACACCAGAACAAUGCAUUGCAUCAUUUUUAAAGUAUUUAAUUAAAAUUGCUACAGAGAUUGACUCAAAAGUAAACAAAUUAUAUUUAUCAGUUGAUCCAGGUUUUUCAAAUAUUCAAAGAAUUGGACUUUUGAAUGCAGCAAAAAUAGCUGGAAUAGAUUGUGAACUUGUCACAUCAACAGUUGCUGCAGGAGCAGCAUAUAUACACUCUCAUACAGAUAAAAUAGAACAAGCUCCUUAUCAAUCAAAGACAAUUUGUGUAGUUGAUAUUGGUGAUUCUUCAUUAAAGGCUAGUAUCCUCAAAUUGUCUCAAAAUUCCAUUGAAGUUAUUGCUCAUCGACAAAAAAAUGACAUCAGUGGCAACAAAAUUACUGAACUUCUAACUGAGUACCUACUCAACAUUAUGUCACAGGAAUACUCCAUCGAUCCUAGAGACAAACACUCGUCCAUGCUUCAAUUUCUCAAGUCUGUUGAAAAAGCCAAGAAAAUCCUCUCAGUAAACACUUCUGUCCAAUUUGAAUACCAGUAUGGUGAUAAAUACAUCAAUUUCCCCAUUAAUAGAGAAGAUUUUGAAGACCUAAUCAAAAAAUAUGCAGUAAAAUGUGCAUCACUUGUCAAAAAACUUAUCGAAACCAGUCGUGUCCAGCCAACUUUCAUAGAACUCAUCGGAGGAACAUCUAGAAUUCCGUUAUUCCGCAAAAAAAUCGAAGAAAUCGGAAUUGAGGUUGUUUCAAACAUCAAUGUUGAUGAAUGUGUAGCCAUUGGAUGUGCUAUGAAACCUUUUUUGCAAAUUAGAGACAAAUUAUAUCAUUCAAUCAAAAUAGAAUCAGGAGGUAUAAAGAUAUUUGAUGCUACUGAGAAAAUUCCGACAGAAAAAAGGACUUGCAACAUUCAAAAUGCAAUUUUCUCAUGUAAAGUAAAAGUUGAGUCAAAUGGCAGCGAUUACAAGGUUUAUGUUGACUCAAAUGGAGUUUUCAGAGUAGAUUAUGACAUCAAUUACGUAAAAGUUACAAUUCCAAACGAUUUUUCACAAAAUCAAAUCGAUAGAUUCAGAGAAAUCGAACAAUACUUGGAAAAACGCGACAAAGAUGCUGUUGAAAGCGAUGAAUCCAAGAAUAAGCUUGAGUCAACGAUAUAUGAAGCGGAGAGAUUAUUAAAAGGUGAAGGAUUAACGGAAAAAGCAUUCCAAAAACUAGAUCAGAGGGCUAAAGAGUGCAGAAAAUGGUUUGACGAUAAUGAAAACGUCAGACAUUCGAAUGAUAAGUACAAUUACAGAAUUGAAAAAUUAUCUUCAUCAAUGUCGAAGGCAAAACAUAGUUUAAACCUCAAGAAUGAAGUUAAACAAAAACUGAAUACACAUAAUUUGACUAUUUUCAGGCUGCAGCAAGAAAUCAGCAAAGAUCGGCCGAGAAAAGACGAUGGAUUGAAGAAAAAGCUGCUGGAAAUGCUUGAGAAAUGCAAUGACUUGAUUACAAUUGCACAGAAACUGUUUCAGUACCCAGAUAUGCUGAAUGAAGUUGGCAAAAUCUAUGAAAAACUGGAGGACUGCAUUAACCAGACUUACAACAUGAAGACUGAACUGCUCAAAAAGCCUUUGUUGGUGAGCAUGAGUAGAAACCCAAGAUAA